GUCUGCGGGCGGCGCCCCCUUGUGGCCGAAGUGUGUAACAUCGCACAGGGAAGAAAGAUGGCGACCUACACGCAGAGGCACUAGUUUGGAGAACAACACACAACAUAUCAGUUCCGUCGGGAUGUCCCGUCUGGCGGUGGUGACCGGGGGGUCCCGCGGCAUCGGGGCCGCCGUGGCCCGGCUCCUGGCCUCCAAGGGGUGCCGGGUGGCGGUGGUAUCCCGCGACCUGGACGCCGCCCGCGCCGCCGUGGCGUCGCUGGAAGGAGACGGCCACGUGGCUCUGAGCUGCGAUGUGUCCCAGGAGCUCGAGGUGAAGGCCGCCUUCCAGGAGAUCCUCCAGUCCUGCGGAGCGAUCACGUACCUGGUGAACUCAGCCGGCAUCAACAGGGACGGCCUCCUCCUGCGUCAGAGGGCGUCAGACAUGCGCCCCCUGCUGGAGGUGAACCUGAUGGGCUCCAUGCUGACCUGCCGGGCCGCGCUGCCCAGCAUGCUGCACUCUCCUGGGGCCGCCGUGCUGAACAUAGGCUCGGUAGUGGGUCUGAAGGGGCGGGCCGGUCAGUGCGUCUACGCGGCCAGUAAGGCGGGACUGGAGGGCUUCACCCGCUCCCUGGCCAAGGAGGUGGGGGCCCGGGGGGUCAGGGUCAACAUGCUGCUCCCAGGCUUCAUCAGGACCUCCAUGACGGAGGCGCUCCAGGCCUCCACCCAGCUCCUCCCCAUCCCCCUGGGCCGGGUGGGGGAGGUGGAGGAGGUGGCGCAGGCUGCACUCUUCCUGCUCCUCUCCCCCUACGUCACGGGCCAGGCGCUGCUGGUGGACGGGGGCGUGGGCCUGCACAUGUAGACCUGGACCAGGACCAGGACCAGGAGCCGGACCGGGACCGGGACCAGGACCGGGACCGAGAGCAGGACCGAGAGCAGGACCGGGGCAGGGACCGGGACCGGGACCUCCACAUGUAGACUGGGACCGGGACCGGGACCGGGACCGGGACCUCCACAUGUAGACCGGGACCGGGACCGGGGACGGGGACGGGUCCGGGACCGGGACCCGUAGACCUGAUGAUGCACUAGGUGGUUUGGUUGCUAAGGGGAGGGGCUGAGCGGGGCUGUUGCUAUGUGGCGUUGGGCCGGUCCUGUGAUUCUGUUAAUAAACAAACUGCUUGUUUACCUCGAACUGUCUGGUUGUCAUGGUGACCAUUAUUAUUUAAUUUUUAAAGGCACAUUGUUGCACAAUUUUUGUGUGAAACAAAUAAAUCUUUGA